AUGGCCUCUUCAGCAGGGCCAUCGACGCGCUCCGUGUCGCCUGUAGUCGACGAUGACCUUCCAAAAGACUACAAGCCCUACGUGCCCGUAGCCAAGCGGCGUGCCCAGAUGCUCUCAAAGCUUGGGCCAGGGCGGCACGUUUCGAAGAAGAUUAAGACGACUGAGGAUCUCGAGGAAGAGAAGGACGCGCUGCGUGCACUUGAUGAGGCGAAUGAGCGAGAACGCGAGAAGGCGCGGCAGCAACGCACCCUCCUCCAGGAGGCUCAAGAGCUAAAGCGACGAAAGGAACUGGAAGACGCCAGCAAGUCGGAGGCGCAGAAGAUGGCAGAGGAGGAGGCCGCCUUACUCGCACAAGUACAGCGGGGACAGAAAAAGCUCGCAAGCGUUCAGGAGAUCGCUCAUGGAAGGACGUAUACUCAGAGCAUGAAGUCGAAUUGGCGGCCACCACGGUACAUUCGUGACCUCGGCCCAGAAGGGCAGCAAGCAGUGCGAGACAAGCACGCGAUUAUUAUCGAAGGGGAAGAUCCACCACCAGCUAUUGAACACUUUGCCGAUAUGAAGAUUCCUCCACCCCUUCUCGAGUAUCUGUCCGACAAGGGUAUUGCGCGUCCAACGCCCAUUCAAAUGCAGGGUUUGCCCACGGCGUUCGCCGGCCGCGACAUGAUUGGCAUUGCUUUUACAGGCUCUGGCAAGACCCUUACUUUCACGCUCCCCGCCAUCCUAAAGUCGCUUGAGAUGGAAAUGAAGCUGCCCCUUGUCAAGGGUGAAGGACCGGUCGGCCUUAUUCUCUGUCCGUCUCGCGAGCUUGCGCGGCAAACGUACGAGGGUUGCGUGGCCAUGUGCACCAAGCUCGCCGAAGGUGGCAAGUAUCCGGAGUUGCGAAGUCUCUUGUGCAUCGGCGGCAUCAGUAUGGCAGACCAGGCCGAGGUCCUCCAGCAAGGGGUACACGUGGUUGUGGCGACGCCCGGGCGUCUUAUCGAUAUGCUCGAACGGGGGCGCCUCAACGCUGACAAUUGCAAGUACAUGUGCAUGGACGAGGCGGACCGCAUGAUCGACAUGGGCUUCGAGGAAGCUGUCCGCAGCAUCAUGGACCAUUUCAAGUACCAGCGCCAGACACUGCUGUUCAGCGCGACAAUGCCACGCAAGAUUCAGGACUUCGCGCAGGCGUCACUCGUAAACCCACUUCUCGUCAACGUUGGCCGUGCGGGUGCGGCUAACAUGGACGUCAUCCAGGAGGUUGAGCACGUCAAGCCUGAGGCCAAGAUGGUUUACUUGCUGGAGGUGCUGCAAAAGACGCCCCCGCCCGUCAUCAUAUUUAGCGACAAUAAAAACGAGGUCGACGACAUUCAGGAGUACCUCCUCCUGAAAGGCGUCGAGGCGGUUGCUAUCCACGGGUCGAAGACACAGGACGAGCGUGAAUACGCUAUCAAGUCCUUCAAGUCAGGCGCCAAGGACGUCAUGGUAGCGUCGGGCGUCGCGUCAAAGGGACUCGACUUCAAUGAGAUCCAGCAUGUCAUCGUGUACACCAUGCCCAAGGAGAUUGAGGACUACGUGCACGAAAUCGGGCGGACGGGGCGAUCGGGAAAGACGGGUGUGGCGACGACGUUUGUCAACAAUAGCACGAGUGAACAAACGCUCCUCGAUCUCAAGUAUCUGCUCAUGGAAGCAAAGCAAAAAAUCCCGCAGUUCCUCCUUGAUAUUGACGACCCCCGCGCGGCGGCCGGCGGUGUUCUUAAGGGUUGCCCGAUCUGCGGCGGCCUGGGCCACGGUCUUUCAGACUGCCCGAAGCUGGCCGACGAAAUGCGCCGCAAGGCUGCCGCCAGUGCAGCCUACGGUGAUGGCUACUAG